UAGUGAUUUAUUUUAGCUACCCAGGCUUAAUACUCCGUACAGUAGUUAUGAGUUAUGACUAUUUAAACUAUGUCUCAGAAUCUGUAGUGUUUUUAACGAGGUACCAUUUACCUGCCGUAAUAAGUAAUCGAUCAGAUUAUAAUUGAACAAGGUUUUCUCCUCGACUUUGUAAUAUUUCCUUCUCAAACUAACGAAGAUGAACAAAUAUCAUCCAGAUGACGGGAAUGAGCACUUCAAGCUAGUGGAUCUUCAAUGGGUCCGAUCAUUCAAUCCACCAGUUAUUUUCGUUUUUGGAGGACCAGGCGCCGGAAAGGCAAGCAUGUGUUUCAAAUUUCGCAUUCACUAUGGAGUCAGCUAUUUCAGCAUGGGUCAGUUGUUGCGCGAAGAAGCCCGGGAACCGACAAAACGGGGCCGUGAAAUCGCGAAAUAUGUUCAUAGCCAACCCACUCAAAAGGUUCCGCUGGAACUGGUAAUGGACGUUUUAAGAGAUAUGAUGAUUAAGCUGGUAGCGGCCCAGAAACCGAUUUUCGUCCAAGGAUUCCCUCGCGAUUUUGCUCAAGCUGUUCAGUAUGAAAAAGAGAUUGCUCCUUUGAAACACGCGAUUUUUGUGGACACAACGGAGAAAACGGCAAUCCAGCGUCUGGUUAAUCGCAACAAACUAGCCGGACGGUUCGAAGAUGAAGUUAACGUGGUCCGCUUGAGGCGCGAAGCGUUUCAGCGAGACGUCCUUCCCAUCGUAGAAAACCUCCUGAACGAGGGCCGUGUGCAGAAGGUCAUCAUCGGACUAGUUCUCCUAACGUGUAUUCUGUGCAACACAUUUUCAUGUUCCGCCAUGUGCUCUUCUUCUAUGCCGUACAAAUUAAAUAAGUCUGUGGAUGGUAAUGGUAGCAUGCAGCAGACAUACUUGCAAGCACUGGAAGUCUAUAUAAAAUGGAUGCGGCGUCACUGGAAGCAUAUUAACAAUCACAACGCUCGUCUGGACGAGAGUAAUCCCAAUUACGCGCGGGAAAUCAUUAUGAGGGAACAAACAGCCAGUGAAAAGGAAGCGGAGAAAUCAUUUCCCACGACUCAUUAUAUUGGGCCAUUGUUGCACUGACUCUGAGAGUGUUCAAAGACUGUACGCAAUGGCAAAUUACAACUGGUGACUUACGCGCCUGGUUCACAUUGUCAAGCGCGUACGAAACAUUAAAAUACAAACAGAUACGGAAUAUACAAUGAAAACAAUCCUGUGAGAUACGCAUAUGUGCAGUGUUAAUUAUCUUACCUACACA